AUGUAUGAGGCUACACAAAGGACGAUUGGUCAUAAAAUCCGCGCAGUAACACAAAUUUCUCGUCAUCAUUCAAACUUGGAAAUUUCCAAUGGUAAAUUGAAACCAAUUUCUCGCUAUAUAAGUCGUACAUUUGUCAAAACACGUGGGUUUUCCUUAGUUCGGGUGUCACCCACAAUAUUUGCACAAUCCUUGAGACAUCAAAAUGUAGCUCGAUAUGCUACCGAAGCUAACUCAAAAGAAAAACUUCCUACACCUGGAAAAGAUGCAGCAGUUAACUCGCGUGUCGCUAGUCUUGUUGAUCAAAUCUCAUCAUUAACAUUAAUUGAAACUUCAGAACUAGUACAAUCAUUAAAGUCUCGUUUAAAUAUUCAAGAUGUUGUAUUUCCAACUGUUAACGUAGCUGCUUCAGCUGGUCCAUCUGCCGAAACUGCGGCUUCCGUUCCCGUUGAGGAAGAAAAAGCCCCUGAAAAAACUGAGUUCGUUGUUAAAUUAGAGAAAUAUGAUGCAGCUGCUAAAACAAAAAUUAUUCGCGAAAUCAAAAACAUUUUGCCCGGGACAAAUCUCGUGGAGGCCAAAAAAUUUGUCGAAAGUGUUCCAAAAGUUAUAAAAGAAAAUGUAAAUAAAGAAGAAGCAGAAAAGAUUAAAAAGACCUUGGAAGGUCUUGGUGGCACUGUAAUAUUAGAAUAA